UUCAGUCCACGAGACAUUAAUGGACGUCACCAUGGAUGCCAUUGGGGGCCGCAUGUCCAAUUCCGACGCGGUGCCCAGCGCCUACAACAUGACGCCGGCAAACACCAGCGGCGUGGUCUUCGAGUCCCUUUUGUCGCCCGCCUUGGACAAAACCAUCAACGCCCUGAUGGUGAUGGUCCUGUUCAUCACCAUGGUCUCACUGGGCUGCACCAUGGAGGUGUCCAAGAUUAAGGGCCACAUAGUGAAACCCAAAGGUGUGGUUAUUGCCGUGGUGUCCCAGUAUUGCAUCAUGCCGCUUACUGCCUUCUGCUUGGCGAAGGCCUUCCAGCUGGCUGACAUGACCGCUGUUGUGGUUCUCAUCUGUGGAUGCUGUCCUGGGGGGAGCCUCUCUAACAUCCUGGCCCUGGCUCUGCAGGGGGAUAUGAACCUCAGCAUUGUGAUGACUUCCUGUUCCACCUUGCUGGCUCUGGGCAUGAUGCCCCUGCUGCUCUUCCUCUACUGCCAGAGCUUCGACAACCUGCAGAGCGCCGUACCCUACGUCGACAUCGCCGUGUCGCUCGUCAUGAUCCUCGUGCCCUGCGGCGUCGGCAUCGUCGUCAAUUACUACAGACCGCGCUACGCCAAGAUCAUCACCAAGGUGGGUCUCAUCAUCAUGUCGAUCACCGCCACGGGGGUCACCGUGGCGGCCACCAUAGCGGUCGGCGGCGCCAUCAUGGCGGUGAUGUCCCCCCCUCUCCUGGCGACCGGCGCCCUCAUGCCCUUGAUCGGCUUCACCUUCGGCUACGUCAUCUCGGCCGUCUUCAAGCUCAGUCAACCGUACCGGAGGACCGUUGCUAUGGAAACGGGCUGCCAGAACAUCCAGCUGUGCUCCACCAUCCUGAAGUUGGCCUUCCCGCCUGAGGUGAUCGGCCCGCUCUUCCUCUUCCCGAUGGUCUACAUUUCCUUCCAGCUCUUCGAGGCCAUGGUAGUGAUCGUGGUGUUCCGGUGUCAUCGGAGGCUCACAAGGAAGGAAAAAGGUGUGUACCAGCCCGCCGUGACCCACGACGGACCGAAAGCUUCUUGUGAAGGGACUGUAUGAUGGACAAGUCAUUUCCUCCUGCCCAUAAAAGGAGUGUUGUUCCCCCGGAAACAUCCACGUUGUUUACUGAG